AUGUGGCAAGAAAAGAGUGUUAAUCCAACAAAGAUCAUUUCUAGUAAUUUUACACCCAGUUCUCUCUUCGUGACAUCAAAUGGUGAUAUUUAUAUUGGUGAUCGAUAUGAAAAUCAACGAGUACAGAGAUGGAGUGCAGAAACAAAUACAUUUGUCACAGUGAUGAAUACCAACUCAUAUUGUGGUGGUUUGUUUGUCGAUAUCAAUGAUACUCUUUAUUGUUCAAUGAAGAAUCAUCAUCAAGUAGUAAAAACAUCAUUAAACGAUUCCGUGAUGGCUUCAAAUCGUGUUGCUGCUGGUACAGGUAUUAAAGGAUUAGACUCGAAUCAGCUUGAUAAUCCUUUUGGAAUCUUUGUUGAUGUGAAUUUCGAUUUAUAUGUGGCAGAUUGUUCCAAUAACCGUGUUCAGUUGUUCCAGUCGGGAGAAUUAACUGGUAUUACAGUAGCUGGAGGUACAUCAUUAAAUCCAACAAUUACACUUCUUUUUCCAACUGGAAUUAUAUUAGAUGCUGAGAAAUAUUUAUUCAUUGUGGAUGCUAACAAUGGUCGCAUUGUUGGUUCAGGCUUAAAUGGUUUUCGAUGUUUAGUUGGAUGUUAUGGAUUAGGUUCACAAUCCAAUCAAUUAAAUCGUCCAUUUAGUUUUAGUUUCGAUCGUUCAGGAAACAUAUUUGUUAUCGAUUCAUUCAAUCAUCGAAUUCAAAAAUUCCAAACAAAAGAAGUUACACGAAUUGCUUUGAAAUCAACCAAAAAUCGUUUUGCAUAG